AUGGGAGAGAAAGGCCUGGCAGGUUCUGGAAUCUCCAUUGUAGCGCUCUGGUGGAGCCUGGCAUAUGCCCUGCUUGUGUCCGUGGCUCCAGUCUAUAGACUCUACUCUGCCUUCUUCCCCAUCCUCACCUACUUCCUGCUGGGCACCUCCAGACACAUCUCUGUAGGUCCCUUCCCUGUCACCUGUCUAAUGGUAGGCUCCGUCGUGUUGACCCUCGCCCCCGAUAACCACUUCCUGCUUCCUGGGAAUGGCACCGGUGUGAAUGGAACAGAGGCUGAUGGGAUUGUGGUGGACGUGGAGGCCAUGGAGGCCCAGAGGAUCAUGGUGGCGUCCUCCAUGACUGUGCUGGUCGGGCUGUUCCAGCUGAAGAUAGUCCUCUCCGUCCCCACUAACAACCACAGCGACUGCUUCUCCAUCCUCUGCACGCUCAUCGACGUGUUUACCAACAUCAGACAGACCAACAGAGCUGACCUGGUGGCCGGGCUGCUCACCAUUGUCUUCGUCAUGGCCGUAAAAGAGGUCAACACCAAAUUCCGGCACAAGAUUCCUGUCCCCAUCCCCAUCGAAGUGAUUGUGACCGUGGUUGCCACUGGAAUCUCCUACGCCACGGCGCUGGAGUCGCACUACGGCGCCAGCAUUGUGCACAGCAUCCCCAGGGGCAGAGCACAGGAGCUGAUAGCGUUUGGGUUCAGCAAUGUGUUCUGUGGCUGCUUCUCUGGCUUUGUGGCAAGCACUGCACUGUCCCGCACCGCUGUACAGGAGAGCACCGGUGGCAAGAGUCAGAUGGCUGGUAUAAUCUCAGCUGUGAUGGUAAUGAUUGUGAUCCUGGCUCUGGGGCACCUCUUGGAACCCCUGCAGAAGUCAGUGCCGGCAGCCAUCGUCAUCGCCAACCUGAAGGGAAUGUUCAUGCAGGUGACAGAGGUGCCCACACUGUGGAGACAGAACAGAGCAGACUGUUUCAUUUGGCUGGCGACCUGCCUGGCUUCUGUGGUGUCGGGACUGGACGUGGGACUGCCGGCUGGCCUGCUGUUUGAGAUGGGAACUGUGUUGGUCAGGACACAGUUGUGGGGUUUGACUCUGUCAGAGUGUUCAAGAAGAGGAAUUAAGGCCCUCAAGAAGAUUCACAAGCUCAUAAAGAAAAGGAAACUGAGGGCGACAGAGGUCUCCCUGGGUGUCGGCAACAAGGGUUUCGAGAGCGAGCGGAACAGUGGGCGGGAGUCCGGGCAGAUGGAGGACGGGGAUUGGCCUGUGCCAGAGGUGGAGGUCCAUGUGGAUUGGGCCAUGGAGCUGUCAGUCAGGGUGUCGGUACCUAAGGUCCAGCUCCACAGCCUGGUAUUGGACUUUUCAGCCGUGUCCUUCCUAGACGUGGUGGCCGUCAAGUCCCUCAGACAGUCAUUAACGAGUUCCUACGCAUUGGAGUCAAUGUCUACAUCGCAGGCUGUGACGGUACGCACUGGACAGCCCCUGCCUUCUGCAUUUGGGUUCACUCCAGAUGGAAUUGUAUGGAAAAUGGAAGCAUUGGCCUUCUUCGACUUGGAGGUCAUACGAGAUGUCCUCUUUCUCUCUGUCCACGAUGCCAUCCUCUUCAUCAAACUGGAGACAGCCAAUGGGAGCAUGCAGGAUGCCAUGGUUGAGGGGCUUUCUCUAAGGCAGGACUGCAAGGAGCCACCACCUUUCACUGAGGAAGAGGACCUGAUUGAGACCUAUGACAACCAGCAUAGAUCUCUCAUCCAUAGGCAAUCCAUGGAGUCUCCAAUUAACACAGAAACGCAGAAGAGCUGA